UUGAGGCCAAAAAAAGAAAUAAAAUUGGAAAAAGAAAAGUAAAAAAUCGUAAAACAAUUAAAGAAACCGAAAAAAAUAAAUUCACGCGGGCGAACCGGGAGGAAAUGAACCAUAAUUCGAGUCGGUCCAAUCAAUCCCAGUUUACAAACCGAGCGUUUGAAAGACGCUAAAUUAACUUGAAUACAACGUGAGCCGGUCGAACCGGCCAAAUCAAUUCCGGUUAACAAACCGAGCGUCGGAGAGACGCUACAUUGACUUGAAUACAACGCAGAAACUCCUUGUUUAUAUACUCAGCCUCCUCCUCCACUUUUCAUUGUACGUUAAAAAAAAAACUUUGAGGCUUUUUGAUUCCGGCGAGGUCUUUGCUUCUUCCUCCUCCUUCUCCGUCGUCUCCGUCGUCUCCACAUUCGUGCUUCAGCCUUCAGGUUACAUUCCUCAAUUCCUCUCUCUGAGUCUACGACGAACGACACCGCUUUCGUUAACAGUUUCGGCGGUUUCUUCACUCCUGAACCCUAAUUUUUCCGACUUCGGACAAACGAGUACGGAAAUUUCCGGUUCUUUAUCUUGUGUGACAUUCGUGAGACGUAGUUUUAGGCUAGAAGAAACAAUUCCUUUGGCUGAGGUCAGAGUCGUGAAUAUAUAGACGAAGAUGUUUGGUUCUUCUAAUAAUCCUUUUGGACAGUCAUCUAACAGCAGUCCAUUUGGGACCCAAACUCAAUCUUUGUUUGGGCAGACCAAUAACCCGAGUAAUAAUCCUUUUGCUCCGAAACCCUUUGGUACUUCUACUCCUUUUGGCGCACAGACAGGGAGUUCUAUGUUUGGGGGCACUUCAACCGGUGUGUUUGGUGCACCUCAAACUUCUUCACCUUUUGGUGCUUCACCACAAGCGUUUGGGAGCUCUACUCCGGCCUUUGGAGCAUCUUCUGCUCCUGCAUUUGGUAGUUCAACGUCACCUUUUGGUGGCACUUCUACGUUUGGUCAGAAGUCUUUUGGCCUCUCAACACCUCAGUCAAGUCCUUUCGGAAGCACCACACAGCAAUCACAGCCUGCCUUUGGAAACAGCACUUUUGGUUCGUCUACACCUUUUGGUACCUCUAGCACGCCUGCCUUUGGUGCCUCAAACACUUCCGCAUUUGGCGCCUCAAACACUUCCGCAUUUGGCGCCUCAAACACUUCCGCGUUUGGAGCCACAAGCACACCCGGGUUUGGUGCCACAAGCACACCCGGAUUUGGUGCCACUAGCACACCUGGGUUUGGUGCAUCAAGCACGUCUGCCUUUGGCUCCAAUAACACACCUGCUUUUGGUGCUGCAACUACUCCUUCAUUCGGCUCCUCGAGCUCACCUGCAUUUGGCGUGUCACCUGCUCCAGCCUUUGGUAGCUCUGGCAAUGCAUUUGGUAACAAUGCCUUCAGUUCUGGAGGUGCUUUUGGUGCAUCAAGCACUCCUGCGUUUGGGGCAUCUAACACUCCUGCCUUUGGGGCAUCAAGCACUCCUGCGUUUGGGGCAUCUAACACUCCUGCCUUUGGGGCAUCAAGUACCCCAUCUUUUAAUUUCGGUUCUUCCCCAGCUUUUGGACAGUCUACCUCAGCAUUUGGUAGCAGUUCCUUUGGUUCUACACAAUCUACCUUUGGAGCCCAAGGUGCACAGGCUUCGACCCCAACAUUUGGGGGUCAAUCAACUAUUGGGGGUCAACAAGGGGGGAGUAGGGUCAUGCCUUAUGCACCUACAACUGAGCCAGCAUCGGGCACUAGUAACCAGACUGAGAGGCUACAAUCUAUAUCUGCCAUGCCUGCAUACAAAGAAAAAAACCAGGAGGAGCUUAGGUGGGAGGACUACCAGCGAGGAGAUAAAGGUGGACAACGUCCUGUUGGUCAAUCUCUUGGAGGUACUGGAUUUGGUGUAACAAAUUCUCAGCCUAUAUUCUCUUCGUCAUCAGCUUUUAGCCAGACACCUGCAAAUCCAGCAAACCCUUUUUCAAGCUCAAUAGCCACUAGCGGUUUUGCACAGACGACUCCAACAACUAACACAAUUUUUCCCCCUUCCUUUGGUCAUCCCACUACCCCAUCCUUUGGUCAACCCACUACCCCAUCCAUGUUUGGGUCAACUGUAUCAAAUACUACAUCCGUUUUUGGACCAUCCCCUAGUUUUGCAACAAACACAUCACAGCCAGUUGGUUCAUCAAUAUUUGGUUCAGCUCCUGCACAUGGGUCAACUCCAGCAUUUAACAAUGGUGGAAAUUUUAACAACAGUCAGUCAUCUCCGCUGUUUGGUUCAAACCCCUCAUAUGCACAGAAUACCACUCCUGCAUUCAGCCAGACUAGUUCUUUGUUUGCACAGAAUACCACUCCUGCAUUAGGACAGACUAGUCCUGCACUUGGACAGAGUAACUUUCUCAGUACACCUAUCACUGGCUCUGCGAACAUGUUUUCAAGCUCUGCAUCCCUAACUACAAACAUCUCUCCCUUUGGUCAAACAACACCUGCUGUUACACCCUUUCAAUCAGCUCAGCCAACUCAACCAUUAGGUGCUUUUGGUUUCAACAACUUUGGUCAAACCCAAAUAGGUGGAAUGGGAACUUUUAGCCAAGGCAACUUUAAGCAAGUGCCUGCGAUGGGUAACUCUGCUGUUAUGCAACCAACUCCUGUUACAAACCCAUUUGGAACACUUCCUGCUUUGCCUCAGAUUUCAAUUGCUCAAGGUGGAAAUUCACCUUCGAUUCAGUAUGGUAUCUCCAGCAUGCCUGUCGUUGAUAAGCCUGCUCCAGUUAGAGUAUUACCACUCCUAACUUCUCGACACUUUUUACAAAGACGGGUCAGGCUACCUACAAGAAAAUACCGUCCCGGUGAUGAUGGUCCAAAGGUUCCAUUCUUCAGCGAUGAAGAGGAGAAUUCCAGUACACCAAAGGCUGAUGCGUUUUUCAUUCCAAGGGAAAACCCUAGAGCUCUAUUUAUACGCCCAGUUGAAAGGGUAAAAUCAGAACGUCCAAAGGAUAGCCCGACCCCACUGCAGGAGAACGGUAAGAAGUCGAAUGGGGUUACUAAUGGAGCCAACCAUGAGAAAAAGGAUAACGGUGAAAUUCGUGAAGCUACCCCGGCCAAAGCCAAUCAGAAAACAAAGGGGACACAUGAAAAUGAAAUUCGUGAAGCUACCCCGGCCAAAGCCAAUCAGAAAACAAACGGGACACAUGAAAAUCAUGGAGGCAACAAAGAAGGUUCACACAGUUCACCAAGUGGAGCAGAUAUCGAGUCAUUGAUGCCGAAGUUGCAUCACUCUGAAUAUUUCACAGAGCCUCGGAUCCCAGAACUGGCUGCAAAAGAAAGGGUUGAACCGGGUUAUUGCAAGCGGGUAAAGGACUUUGUUGUUGGGAGACACGGUUGCGGGAGUAUAAAGUUUCUAGGAGAGACGGAUGUGUGUAAACUCGACCUGGAAAUGGUGGUUCAGUUCAAAAACCGAGAAGUGAAUGUGUACAUGGACGAGAGCAAAAAACCACCAGUGGGUCAAGGAUUGAAUAAGCCGGCGGUAGUAACUUUGCUGAACAUAAAAUGUAUGGACAAGAAGACUGGUACGCAAGUGAAGGAAGGCGAGAGAUUGGACAAGUACAAGGAAAUGCUGAAGAGGAAAGCUGAGGAACAAGGAGCUCAGUUUGUGUCUUAUGAUCCUGUGAAUGGCGAGUGGACUUUCAAGGUCGAACAUUUCAGUUCCUACAAGCUUGGAGAUGAAGAUGAUGUGUAGUAACUAGAAAGAUCAUAUGUAGACUAGUGUCCCGUUUUUUUUUGGUUCUGUUUUUACUUUUUGGGGUUUGUCUAUUGGUCUGUUUUUGCAAUAUAAUGUCAAAAUGAUGUCUUUUGCAAUAUAAUGUCAACCUCUCUUUUCUAUCAGUUUUAUUAGGAAAAAUU